AUGUCCAGUUUCAGCUACAUUCUGUUAGCUUUCAUGUGGAGCUGCUUAAACUCAAUGCAGGCGAAUGAAAUGCGAUUGACGACAGCACAAUUGAAGUACUUCAACUCUAAUGCACUCCAUCGCAAUGCGUUGACCUGGUCUGGUUACUAUUGGCCAAACAGUACGCUUGUCUACAGCGUGGGCAAGGGAAUGGCCUUUGCGGACUAUUUGCUGGUGAUGAACGCCAUGGCGGAUAUUUCAGCAAGAACAUGCAUCAAAUUUCGACGCACCCACAAUCUCAAGGAGCCGCAAGUGAAUCUACAGAGAACGGACGACGGCUGCUGGUCGGACAUCGGUUAUCUGGGCGAGUGGCAAACUCUAAACUUGGGCAAAGGUUGCAUGCAACGUGGCAUCAUACAACACGAGCUGUUGCAUUCGCUGGCCUUGUUGCACAUGCAAAACGAUCCCAGGCGAGAUCGAUACGUGCGAAUCAACUUGGCAAACAUCGAAGAGGGAGAGCAACACAAUUUUCAGAUAUAUCACUCGGAUGACUUUCAGCUCGGCUAUGAUUAUGCCAGCUUAAUGCACUACGGGGCGUAUGCGUUCUCCAAGAAUGAGAAACCAACUAUAGUUCCACUCAAGAGAGGCGUCAAAAUAGGUCAACGUAUCGGUCUUAGUGCCAAAGAUGUGCAGAAGCUGAGAAUAAUGUAUUGUUGAUUAAGUUAUUGCACAAUUUUGUUGUUUAUUAUCAUUGCUUUUA